AUGGAUAACUCAUCGAAACUGGUGGAGUCGAACAGCUUUCACGCAAAUCCAAUCAUUGAUGAUAAUGAUAAUAAUAAUAAUAAUAAAGACAAGAAUGAAACCAAAUCUAAUGUUAAACGAGACAGUCCUAGUCAGGUUACAAUCUUAAAACCAACAGAUACUCAUGAAAGUUCAAGUGAUAAUUUACGAUCUAAUCAAGGUAGUAGUUUAACAGAAAGUGAUCUACGCACUACUAGUAGCAAUACAGUUACUGUCAGUUUUACAGAAAGUGAAAGUACUAGUCGAACAAGCAGUCAUGAUGAUGAUGAUGAUAGUGUCUCAAGGAGUAAUAGUGAAGACACAAGUUCAACUGACUCAGAUAACAAUGAUGAAGAUUUUGAUAAAUCAAAUCAAAUUGCUGACUUUUCUGGUCAAGGUUUCAAUAUUGUACCAUCAAUAAUAUUUCAUCGUAUAACAAUUACAAAAUUAAAUUUAUCGAAUAAUAGUCUAAACUUUUUACCUUCAGAAAUUUGUACAAUGAUUAAUCUAUGUUAUCUAGAUAUAAGUCAUAAUAAUCUUCGAGGUUAUACACAAGUGCCUGAUAUAAGUCCAGAAGGUAUUAUUCAAAUGAAAGAUGGAAGUGAUAUUAUACAUCGAAAUAGUAAAUCAACUGAUAGAAAGAAAGUAAUUGAACAAUUCAGUAAUAAUAAUAAUAAUGAAAUAUCAGAAUGUACACAACUACCAAAAGAUAUGAUUCGUUUAACAAAGUUAAAAACAUUAAAAAUGUCUUCAUGUGAAUUAAAAUUUAUCCCUAAAGUUGUUUUUCAACUUAUCAGUUUAACUAAACUUGAUAUUAGUGAGAAUUGGACAAAUGAACUCUCUCCAUUAAUUGGUAACUUAGUGGAAUUACGUUAUUUGUUGGCAAAACGAAUGGGAUUAAGUACACUUCCAAUACAAAUAAUCAACUGUUGUAAAUUGCACACUAUUAAUGUAUACGGAAAUGAGAUUAUAUCACUUCCAGAUGAAUUUUCAAGACUUUAUAGACUUAAAACAUUAUAUUUGGAUUGUCGACAUUUUAUGAAAGCUUUGAUUAAACCAAAAAAAUUAUCUAAAGUUAAAAUGGUUAACUUUAUUGAUACAUUUAAUGAAACUGGACAAAGUAUAAUCACAUCUGAAAUGAAUAAAUCAAAAACGUCGAAUGUAUCAGAAGACACAUUGAAUUCAAUUGCAGAACGAAUUGAUACACUACUUCGUUCAGGUCAAAUGAAAUCAUACCAUAUACCAACAGUUAUAUUUAAACUACGCAGAAUUAAGGCAUUGUACCUUGAUCAUUGUCAGUUAAAUUUUAUUCCAGAAAAUUUAACACAUAUGAAAAGAAUAAGUGAACUUUAUUUAUCAAAAAAUUAUUUCAAAGAAAUUCCACAAGGAUUAUAUUCAAUAGGCAAUACAUUACAAUACUUAGAUUUAUCAUAUAAUCAAUUGAAUAUGUUAAAUGAAGAAUCAGUUACAUUGCCAAAAAAUUUUGGAGUUAAAUUUACUGUUCUUAAAGUAUUAAAAUUAGCUUCAAUGAAUUUAACAAAAAUACAAAAUGGAUCAUUAUGUGGAAUGAUUCAAUUGAAACUAUUAGAUUUAAACUAUAAUAAGAUUAGUCAAUUACCUGAUGAUAUCAAUUGUUUGAUUAGUCUUGAAGAAUUAUAUCUUUGUGAGAAUAAGCUUACCAUAUUACCGAAUACAAUUAGUCAACUUGAACAACUCAAUACACUUGACUUAAGUUAUAAUCAAAUGAAUAAUUUACCAGAUGAUUUAUAUAAAUUAAAAAAUUUAAAAUUAGCUCAUAUAUACAAAGAUUUCAAUAAAUAUGGUCUUUGGCUUCAAGGGAAUCCUUUAAAUUGUCUAGCACAAAAUUUAUGGAAAACAACUGAUACAAGAAAUUUAUGGAAAUUUUUAGAGAACCAACAAAUGAGAAAAUUAUCCAACAUCCAACCGAGGAAAAUUAUAGUUAUCGGUCAUAGAUUCUCAGGAAAAUCAACAUUAAUCAAACGUUUAAUAGCAGAAAGUUCAAAAAAUGGAAAUACACAAGUUGGUCUUAUUUCACAAAUGAAUGAAUCAUUAUCAUUUUCUGAAUCUAUAAUGAAAAAUGUUGUAAAUCCUGUUGAAUUACCUUUAGGAUGGUCACCAAUAUUAAUUAAUCAAUGUAUUUCACCGAAUGGAUUUAAUAUUAUAUUUUAUGAAAUCACUAUACCUACAGCUUGUAGUCAAGAUCAUAUUCAUUCUUUAGUUUGUUAUCAAGAUACUGGAUUAGAAUUAAUUUUACCACAUAUCUUAGAUACAAAUUGUUAUUAUAUUUUAGUGUUCAAUGCUAAUCUAAUGAUAAAUAUGAAUGAAAGUAAUUUUACAAGUAAAUUAUGGUCAUAUAUACUAACAAUACGAAUGUAUGCACCAGGUUCUAUGAUCAAAUUAAUAGGGACACAUACUGAUCAAAUUGAUUGUUCGAAUAAUAAUAAUAAUAUUAAAUCUAUUGAACAGAUUUCAAUCAACUCUGAUAACUUUAUUAUUGAACAAAAUUGUAUACUGAAUGUUAAUAAAACAAAAAACUCACUUAUAGAUAGUCAAUACAAUGAAAAUUUUGAAAAUAAACUUUCUUUCAAUAGUAUAUUUCAAAAGUAUAUAUUCAAUCAAAUUAGCUUACAUUUAAAAAAUUUCCAAUUUUUCAAUUUUUCUAAUCUUUAUAAUUUUCAAAAUGAUAAUAUAGUUACUAUUUUUGAAAAUAUAUCAUUGAUAAACUUAUCAAUAAAUAAUUUAAAGAAAACAAGGUGUAAAACACUUGAAUCCUAUUCAAUUAUCAAUAGCGGUAUAAAUGAAUUAUGGAAUGAAAUUGAACAUAGAAUUAUUUCUAUAAAUCAAUUAUUUAUAAUAGAAAAUUAUUUUAAUAUAAAAUCUUGGCAAUCAUUAAUUAUUUAUAUUCAAAAUAAUUUAAAAUCAUUUUUUAUGAUAAAACUUGAUUUACAAUCAAAUUAUUCAUUAAAUAAAAAUAUUAAUAAUCAAUUAGUAUUAAAUAAAAUAUUAUUCAAUCAAUUAGGUAUUGAUAAUAUUGAAAAUUGUUUAAAAUAUUAUCAUAUAAUUGGUAAAUUAUUAUAUUUUUCAAAGCAUAAAUAUUUAAAAAAUUAUUUAAUUUUACGUCCAACAAUAUUUUUUCAUAUAAUAUAUGGUAUAUUGAAUCCACAAAUAAUUGGAUCUAUUUAUCAAGAUAAUAAUAAUGAAAAUAAUAAACAAUUACAAUAUAAUAAAUGGUAUUUAAGUUCAUUAUCAGGUUAUUCAUAUAAAACUUUAAUUAAUUACUUUAAUACAUGGAAUCUGCAUAAAUCAUUUCCAUAUCAAAUGAUCAAGUGUUUACUUCCACCUAUCACCUAUUCUAUACAUCAUCAAUUGAAUCAAAUAAAUAAUAAUGAACAACAAUUAAAACAAUAUACUAAUAAACAAUACAUAGGUAAACAACGACAAGUAUAUAAAUUGCCUAUAAAAUCAAUGAAUCAAUUAAAAUCUUCUAAAAUAAUAUUAAAACAAAUUGAAGGUAUUAAAGAUAACUUUGAUAUAUCAAUUAGUUCAAUAUGUCCAUCGAAUAUAUCAACUAAUAGUGUAUUAUUACUUACAGAUUUAUUAGAAGUUGGAUUUAAAACUAAUGAUUUAUUUACAAUUAAUAAUAAUUUAAAUAAUAUUCAAUUGAAUCAUUUAAAACCAUUCAUUAUAUAUCCUUGUCUUUUUUAUAAUAAUAAUUUAAUGAAAAUUUCUUAUAAUAAUAAUUUAUUACAUUCUAUUAAUUCUAAAUUACAAAAUAAUAAUGAUAAUAAUAAUAUAAAUGAAUAUAUUUUAGAAAUAUGGUUUCCAUUAGGUAAACCAAUGGGUUAUUUUAAUCGACUUGUAGUUUGUUUAUUUAAAUCAAUAUGUGAUGAAAUAAAUUGGAGGGAAUUCAAUGUUUCAAUGCCACCUUUAAAGUAUUCAGAAAAGAUUAUAUUAAAUAAUUCAAUGACUAAACAUAAUACAUUUAUAAUUGAACAUAAUUAUUUUGAUAUUAUAUUAGAAGAAUUAACUGUGAAUGGAAAUAUGUUUGCUUUAACAGAAUAUAAUAAUAUUUUAUAUGGAAUUAGAUGUAUUCAAUUAUGUAAACAACCAUAUUCUUUAUAUGAUAAUAAACAAUUAGAAGAAAUCCCUUUCAAUUCACUUAUAUGGUUUAUUGAAUCAUGUAAUCAAUUAAAUAAUGAAAUUCAAGGUUUAUAUUGGUUUUGGUCAAAAUAA